AUUUAUAUUGUUCUAAUCCGUUUGGUUUUCCUGGAUCAUUUAGCUUCACCCUGUGUGCGUUAUUACAAGCAAUCGAUUCGGCAAUCACAUCGACCCCUCUAACAAUCGAUCGAGAUAAGCGGUGAUGAGAAUCGAUUCAACGCGCCACACAAUAAACUUCAAGUAAUUGUUUCGUUGUAGAGCUCGCAAGAUGUGGCUGUUUCUGGUGGGAUUAUCGUUGGCACUCGGUCUUCUGUGGGUGUAUCAACACUUUCAGCAGCGGUAUCAGUUCUGGGCAAAGCUCGAUGUCCCUCAUCCGGAACCGGCGUUCCCGGUUGGAAACGUUGGCGACACCCUGAAACCGACCAUCCACUUCGCCUACAUUAUCGAUCGCUUGUACCGCGAACUGAAACAUCACGGCGACUAUGUUGGUAUCUACUUCUUCCGCGAUCCCGUCCUGCUGGUCCUUUCGCCCGACUUUGCGCGUAACAUUUUGGUGAAGGAUUUCAACUACUUUGUCGAUCGCGGUGUGUACAGCAAUGAGGCGGUGGAUCCGCUCUCGGCCAACCUCUUCUUCAUGGAAGGCAACCGAUGGCGCCAGCUACGGGCGAAGCUUACACCGACCUUUACCUCCGGCAAGCUGAAAGCGAUGUUUCACACGAUCGUCGACGUAGGAAUGCGACUCGAUCGUUAUCUGGCGGAUCGGUGCACGGGACAAGCAGCACUGCGAGUGGAUAUGAAAGAGUUGCUGGCACGCUUUAUGACCGACGUCAUCGGUUCGUGUGCGUUCGGUAUCGAGUGUAACAGUUUGGACAAUCCCGACUCCCGCUUCCGUCUGAUGGGCAAACGGAUGAUCAAUCUGCCCAAACUGAAGGCGCUCAAAGUGUUUUUCGCCAUGAUGUUUCGCCGACAGGCCCGAGCGCUCGGCAUCCGGUUCAACGAUAAGGAUGUGUCGGACUUUUUCUUCUCCGUUGUGCGCGAUACAAUCCGGUAUCGAGUGGACAACGGAAUCCGGCGAAACGAUUUCAUGCAGCUGCUGAUCGAUAUGAUGAGGAAAGAUCAAUCUGAAACGGGCGUUAGCGACGAUGGACUUACCUUCGAAGAAAUUGCGGCACAAGCGUUUGUGUUUUUCUUCGCCGGUUUCGAAACAUCGGCCACCACGAUGACGUGUGCACUGCACCUGCUCGCAAACCAUCCAGCGGAGCAGGAAAAAGGACGCCAGUGUGUACGAGAAGUGCUGGCCAAACACGACGGUCAGCUUACAUACGAAGCCAUCAUGGAGAUGGAGUACAUCGAGUGCAUCAUCAAUGAAACUUUACGCCUGUACCCACCGGUUGCAACACUUCACCGCAUCACUACACAACCGUACCGGUUGCCUAAUGGCAAAGUGCUUCCCACCGGAGUGGGAGUGAUCAUUCCAAACCUAGCAUUCCAACACGAUUCCACGAACUUUCCGGAACCGUUCCAAUUCCUUCCGACGCGAUUCGCUGAGAAAGGUGAAUCAAAACCAAAUUUUAGUUUCCUACCGUUUGGAGAAGGGCCUCGUAUCUGCAUUGGAAUGCGAUUCGGAUUGCUACAAACUCGGCUAGGAUUGGCGAUGCUGUUGCGACACUAUCAGUUCCGCGUUCCUGAAGGUGCAAAAAACCAUCCACUGAAGAUUGAUCCGAUCAAUCUUAUCCACGGACCGGCAGGAGAAGUCUGGCUAGAUGUCGAACGCAUUACCGAAGCAUAACAGAAGGCAGACAGCAAAUAGGACAAACAUGUUCUCCAAGAUCAGAGAAUGUAUAGAACAGACCACAUGUACCUCAAACGUUUCUAAAAUGUUUUCUUACGAUUUUAUAAAAUUUAAAUUUUUAAUACAAAGUAUUGACCAUAAACAAGGCCCGAUUAUUUG